GUAGAGAGUACUCCUCAUUGUUAGACGACUGACUCUUCAGCACCAACCACCUGCUCCAUGAGAUUCGAAUGAUGAGUGCGGGUCCGGAUCUGAUCAUGAGCAGCUUAUUGAUUCCAUCCUCAAGAUUACCGGCCUGCGUCGCACCCUGGUGGCGAUACCCCACGUGGGCACAGAGUCGGGAAAAGCGGUCUUCGCACACACCACCUGAGCCUGCCAAUCCCAGGAAUAUACCGUACCUACCGCGCGAGAUACAUACGUUGAUCUGCUCGUACCUACCCGGCGAAGCUUUGUGUAGCUAUCGACGCGCUAGCAAAGCCUUUGCCCAUAUUGGCGCCAAAUGCCUCUUCCAGACGAUCAAGUUUCACGCCAGCAAUUCCAGCUUCAACCGCCUCGCCUCAAUUGCGACGCAUGAUAUACGCAGAAAAUCCGUCGAUACUAUCCUCUGGGAUACCCACCUUUGGAAUCUGAAGCUCCGUUGGGAAGAGGAUGACGACGAGAUCGCCGACGAGGUGGAAUUCGAGAGGUGGUUGGGAGCUGUAAAUGAGUUCGGAAAACUCCGGCUAGCAGCCUUGGGAGAAGCGCCUGGUUCACUCCAGAAAGCUCACCAGCUCCUCCGCGCUGGGGGAUUGGCGGGGCUCUCCGACACGCAACAAUUUGCGCUUCAAAUACAGUUCGAACAAUACCGAGUCCGGAGACGCGAGGAGGUGAACCUACUCAAGGGCCUGCUAAGCCCUCCUAGCAUGCGUCGUGUGCUCGAGCGUUUCCCGAAUCUCAAAACUAUUUCUAUCAAGAAGAACCACCUUAAAUACUACCUGGGCAGGAGUCAUAUGGAUGAUCCGCCAGCUGGCCCUGUUCACCCGAUUGAGCUUGUCCCAAGGGGCGUCGGAAGCCACGCUGAUUUGUACGAAGAGGAUCUUUCCGACGUACUGGCCCUUCAAUCCGCUCUCUAUGCCGGGCACCCAACUUUGCAACAGGUCCACGCGGAUGAGCUAACUUGGAGGGCCUUUGACCCGUCGAACUAUCAUCCCUGGCUAGGAAGAAGCACUGCCGAUCUUACAAGCAUCCGUUUGAAAUUCAAUCUGGUUCCUGCAGUGUCGGAUACGAUCGCCGGGCGGUUGAAUAUUAGGGAGAUCCAAGAUACCUUCCGCGAAGGCCUAUUGAAGGAGUUUCUGUUCUCUUUCAAGAGUCUCCGGACAAUCGAGAUCGACUUCAACGUUCCCCGAUAUGAAGUGCAAGACACUUGGGAUCGGGGAGGUGUCGAUCUCUGUGAUGUAUUCCCAAACCACCAAGCAUGGCCUCAUCUGCAGAACCUGUCAAUGGCCUACAUCGACUCCUCGCAAAAAGAUCUCGUAGACCUGCUCAGCAGUCACGCAUCUUCCCUCCGAUCUUUGACCUUAAUCGAUGUCGAGCUCCGCCAGCCCGGCUCCUGGAGAGCCAUUCUGACUUGUAUACAGCCUCUCCUUUCCUCCCUCCGGCAUGCGAGCAUCGAGAACAAGAGCUACCCUGUGUGCCACGGCUUCGACAAUGCAGAUGAUAUGGAGAUACUGUACGUGAAUGCGGCUGAGCUUGGGAAGCAACUGGGUGAUUUUCUGGUCCGUGGUGGUGAAUGUCCUAUCGGGCGGGAUGAGGUGGAGGGGAAAUGCUAUUGGGAUAAUCCGGUCACGCAGCAACGUGAAUGGGCGACUCAGUUUCAGCUUCCCCUUGAUUGACACAGUUGAUCACUUGUGGCGUCUGAAAAUGUUGGAGGGGAGGUAGAACCACCUCGGGAGUCCUUCCGGUGGGGAUAUUGGGAGAAGGCCGUCCUGUGGCUGAGUCGAAGCUCAAUCUAUCUCCACUUUCCAAAAGACACUUCAACGGGCAUGCACGCUAAGGAUGUCUACACGUGAUGGCGCGUUUAUGG